AAAUAGGAAAAAAAGAUAAAAACUAAAAGUUAUUCGAGAAAUCCGAUUCUUUUUAAGUUUAUUGUAGAAAUUAGCUCAUUAUUUUAUAAUUUCCUUAAAACUAAGGUAUAUUAAUAACUUAACAAUAAGAUUUCACGUGUAUGUGAACCUACAAAAUGGCCUCGUCAAACACUUUGCAGAAAGCCAUAGAUCUCGUUACUAAGGCCACAGAGGAAGACAAAAACAAGAACUAUGCAGAGGCUCUGCGUCUUUACGAACACGGUGUAGAGUAUUUUCUUCAUGCUGUAAAGUAUGAGGCCCAAGGGGAGAGAGCAAAAGAGAGUAUAAGAGCAAAGUGCUUACAGUAUUUAGAUAGAGCUGAAAAACUCAAAGAAUACCUUAAAAAGGACAAAAAGAAGAAGCCAGUUAAGGAUGGUGACUCGAAUUCCAAGAGCGAAGAUAAAAAGAGUGACAGUGACAGUGAUUCAGAUGAUCCUGAGAAGAAGAAAUUACAGGGAAAACUCGAAGGAGCAAUUGUGGUUGAAAAACCUCAUGUGAAAUGGAGUGACGUUGCUGGGUUAGAAGCUGCAAAGGAGGCGCUGAAGGAAGCUGUUAUAUUACCCAUCAAGUUCCCACAUCUAUUCACUGGGAAAAGGAUUCCGUGGAAGGGAAUUCUGUUGUUCGGACCCCCUGGUACAGGUAAAUCAUACUUGGCUAAAGCUGUGGCUACCGAAGCCAACAAUUCUACCUUCUUUUCAGUUUCAUCAUCUGAUUUAGUUUCAAAGUGGCUUGGUGAGUCUGAGAAACUGGUGAGGAAUCUGUUUGAAUUGGCACGUCAGCACAAACCGAGUAUAAUAUUCAUCGAUGAAAUUGAUUCUUUGUGUUCAUCUCGUUCGGACAAUGAAUCUGAGUCGGCUCGUAGGAUCAAAACUGAGUUUCUCGUUCAGAUGCAGGGUGUCGGCAAUGACAUGGAUGGGAUACUGGUCCUUGGGGCCACCAACAUUCCAUGGGUCCUAGACGCGGCUAUAAGGAGGCGUUUUGAAAAGCGUAUUUAUAUUGCACUACCAGAGGAGCAUGCAAGAUUAGAUAUGUUCAAAUUACAUCUUGGCAAUACUAGGCAUCAACUUACCGAGCAAGACUUGAAAACUCUGGCCGCCAAAAGUGACGGCUACUCUGGAGCUGACAUAAGUAUUGUUGUGCGUGACGCUCUUAUGCAGCCCGUACGUAAGGUGCAGUCGUCUACACAUUUCAAGAGAAUUUCAGGACCAAGUCCAACAGACCCUGAUGUUAUUGUCAAUGAUCUACUGACACCUUGCUCUCCCGGCGACCCGGGAGCAAUAGAGAUGACCUGGAUGGAAGUGCCGAGUGACAAGCUGGGUGAACCUCCUGUGACCAUGUCGGACAUGAUGAGAUCUUUGGCAACAUCGAAACCCACAGUCAAUGAUGAUGACAUGGUAAAGCUGAAGAAGUUCAUGGAAGAUUUUGGACAAGAAGGGUAAUUGUGUCCAGUUUAUUUCAAUGUCAUGUUUCAAGAAUUUGUUUUAAUUUUGUUGAAUAAUACAAAUAUACCAUACUAUCAAAUAUAAUAAUUAAUUAAUUCUUGUUUGGAGAUUUUCACAUAAUAUAGCUUUAAAAAUUUAUAAUAAUGAAGUCAUAAUAAUUUAUUAUGAAUCACUGAAUUGAACUUGCAAAUGUAGUUAGUUGAUAUUGGCCUCUGUUUAAACUUUGUGACUUAAAGAUUUUAUUUCUUUACACAUUUUAUUUCUUUAUCUUUCUGUUUAAAUAUUAUAGAUAAGUGAAGAGUGUGUUCCACAUCCAUUGUGCUGUGAAGUUAAAUUUUAACACCUUCAGAGGCAAUUAUUUAAAAAAAAGUUAGAAAAAUUCAUUGUCACCAUGUUGAAUA